AUGGCAGAUGAGUGGUGGAGCUCGACGCGUACUGUCGACGACGGCGGGUCGCCCUGCUCCACAGCUCCGGCCACGGACCAACUGGACGCUGCCGCCCCGCCAUCCUUCCUCGCUGAUCCACCCCAUCAUAUGGACUGGACGCAAGCCUACAUCUACAUGGGCGGGAGAGCGUCGGCGCCGGCGGCAGAGGCGGCGACCACCAGCUUCAACGCACUGCUCCGCCAGCUCCACGGCGACGUCGCCGAUCGCCACUUCCUUCUUGGUCAGCAGCUCCGCGCUGACGGCGCGGCGCCCGUGGCGGCAGCGUCGCAGAGCGCGUCGUCCCUGUACGCUGGCGGCAACCAGCUGUACUCCAGCUACGGCGGCGACGUGCCGGCGGCAGCGCUGAUGACGAAACCGCCGUUCCCGCAGCAGGAAUUCUUUGGCUCGUCGACGCGGAAUCUCGGCGACAUGCCGGCAGCACCGCCCAUGACGACCAAGCCGCUUCUCUUGCAAACCUUAGAGCAAAAGGCUUUCAAGUCCCAUAAGGAACCUGCACAAGACGCUUGCUCCUCGGCGACGAGAAGUGUUCCCGGCUCGCCUGUGCCGGCGAAGAAGCCCCGUGUCGCGACGCCGUCUCCUUUGCCGACCUUCAAGGUGAGAAAAGAGAAGCUCGGGGACAGAAUCACUGCUCUCCAGCAACUAGUCUCGCCUUUUGGAAAGACGGAUACCGCAUCAGUUCUUCACGAGGCCAUCGAAUAUAUUAGGUUCCUGCACGAUCAAGUAGCUUCCCUGAGCUCUCCCUACCUGAGGUAUGGACGGCCUAUGCAGCAGCUACAACAACAACAGGACGGCGACGAGGCGAAGGAGGACCUACGAAGUCGAGGGCUGUGCGUUGUCCCGGUGGCGAGCACUACUUAUGCAGUGGCUGCUAGCGAGACAGUGCCGGCAGAGUUCUGGCCCCCUACCUUUGGGGGCACAUUACGUUAG